AUGUCUCCAAACAUCUCUUCUCUCAAUUUUUCUCCACUUCUUUUUUUCUCUUACUCUCCUGUUAUUUCUUACUCUCCUUUUUGUGCUUCAUUUCCCUCUCUAGUCACAUUCUCUUUCCCCGACACACGAUUGUUUUUUUUUUCUUUCUUUUUAUUCCGCCUUCUCUUUGAUUAUACUAUCUUUUCUACAUAUUUUUUUCUAUUUUCUUCCUCUGUCAACUUUCGUUCUUUAGAGCUAAACUUUCUGGCACCAUUCUUUUUCUUUUAUUUUUUCUUCUUCUUCUUCUUCUUCUUCUUCUUCUUCUUCUUCUUCUCCACCUUCUUUUUCUCAUCCUUCUUCUUCUUCUUUUCUCUUCUCUCAUUCCAUUCUUUGGAUUUCUUCUUUAAUAUUCUUUUUUUAUCUUCUCUUUCCUUCCUUUCAACUUUGACCUCCUUAUCUUUCCUCUUCCUUUCUCUUUUUAAUUUCACUUCUUCAUUAUCCAAACUUUUCCGGUUAAUUUUUCAUUUUCUUUUUCUGACUUUACUUAUUCCAUUUAUUUCUUCUUCUAUUUCUUCAUUUUUCCUUCUUCCGCUCGAUUUUCUUUCUUUCUCAUUUCCUUUUAACCUCUUUAUCCUCCUAUUCGUUUGGCUUAAGUGUUCAUCUUCUUCUUCUAUUUUUACUUCUUCGUCUUUUUCUAUCUCUUAUUUUCUUUUUUCUCUCUUUUAUUCAUUUUUUUUUUAUAUUUCAAUUUUCUCUUCUUCGUUUUCUUCUUUCUCAUUAUUUCCUUUAUUUGCUUUUUUCUUUACUCCAUUUUUUCCUCUCUUUAUCCUUCUAGUCUUUUUUCUUAAAUUUUCAUUUCUUUCUUUCAUUCUGUCUUUCUUUCAUUAUGAUUCUGUUUCCUUCUCAUCUUGA